AUGGCAAACUUUUGUGUCGUUAUCUCUACAAUAAUGGUAGCUUUGUUUCUCACCUCCAAUGACGCCCUCCCGACGGCCGAUAUGAACGAUACGCCUUAUGCUUUAACGCGUAAUUAUACGUAUGUUUGUGAUCCUUCGAGGUUUAAUGACCUCGGAAUGGACAUGAGUUCAUUUGCAUAUUGCGAUUCGUCUCUUCCUUAUGGUACUAGGGUGAAGGAUUUAAUAGACAGAAUGACUUUGGAAGAAAAAGUGCAGCAGAUUGGAGACACUGCUACUGGGGUUCCUAGGAUUGGGCUGCCUAAAUAUGAGUGGUGGUCGGAGGCAUUGCACGGUGUAUCGAACGUAGGCCAAUGGAACAGUAAGGCCUCGUUCUUCGAUGAUGAAAUCCCUGGUGCGACAAGUUUCCCAACUCCCAUUUGCACCGUUGCAUCAUUUAACCAGUCGAUGUGGAAAAUGAUCGGACAGGCUGUUUCGACAGAAGCAAGAGCAAUGUAUAAUUUAGGACAUGCUGGACUGACAUUUUGGAGUCCAAACAUCAAUGUAGUACGGGAUCCUCGAUGGGGACGAGCCCUCGAGACACCGGGAGAAGAUCCUUAUGUUGUUGGAACAUAUGCCUCUAGCUAUGUUAGAGGAUUGCAGGAUGUUGAUGGGACAGAGAAUACAACUGACCUUAAUUCUAGGCCUCUUAAGGUUGCUGCCUGUUGCAAACAUUAUGCAGCUUAUGAUGUCGAUGCUUGGCUUGGAAUUGAGCGUUACAAUUUUGACGCACAGGUAACUGAGCAAGACAUGGCCGAGACUUUUGUUAAGCCCUUUGCAAUGUGUGUUAAACAAGGUGAUGUAUCCAGCGUCAUGUGUUCAUACAACAAGAUUAAUGGUAUUCCUGUCUGUGCUGAUCGAAGGCUUUUAAAAGAUGUCAUUAGGGGACAAUGGGAUCUUCACGGAUUGGAUUUGGAUUGCGGGAAUUACUACACGAACUUUGCUAACAAGGCAGUAGUUCAAGGGAAAAUCAAAGAGGGAGAUAUUGAUAGUGCCCUUCAAAACCUCUAUGUUGUGCUUAUGAGGCUUGGAUAUUUUGAUGGGAGCCCUCAGUAUGAAACACUUACCAAAGAUGACAUAUGCACUGAUGAACACAUCGAAUUAGCAACUGAAGCAGCAAGAGAAGGAAUCGUCCUUCUUGAACGACGACAACAUUUUACCUUUGAUCUCAGACAAUGUAUACCUUGCAAGUAUACAACUCCUUUAGAUGGAUUCUCAGCCUCUGGUAAUGUACAAUAUGAAAUGGGGUGUGACAGUGUAGCUUGCAACAAUGACAGCUUAAUAUUACCUGCAACACAAGCAGCAAAACAGGCUGAUGCAACUAUUGUCGUUGUGGGAUUGGAUUUAAGUUGUGAGGCUGAGAGUCUGGAUUGA